CGCGCGAGCCCGCCCAUGUGACUGAAUGGCUCGCGAUGGCGCUGCCGCGGCUGCUGCUGCUGGAGCUCGCGCUCUACGCCUGUUGCUUCAUCUGCGGGAUCAUCACCGCCGCUUCACUCACAAUUUCUCAGGGUGAUUUUGAAGGGAGGUGCAUGCUCUACGGCACUGUGCACUUGAAUGGUUCAGACUUCACCGUAAACCAAUCCAGCUCUCCCUCAAUCUGUUAUUUUGUGUCGGCCAUCUCCGUGUGUGUGGCCAUCUUCUGCUUCUCCUCCCUCCUCUACUGGGUCUACACAAGCUGCCUAGAUGGAGAAGUUAAAAGAGAGCGUAUAUGGAUGAAUUUGUCUUUGGUUGUGUGCGGAGUUUUCCUCUUCUUCCUCCUGGUGACGGGGUGUAUCUUGAAAGUGGGCCGAGACAGACUGUGUGAAUCGGUGCUCCAUGAAGGACCAAACAUAACCAGGUGUGACGAAGCACAAAGUAAGCCGUGGGCAAAGCCUCUGAAUGGGAACAGUUUCUAUUCCAGACUGCACAGUGCUGAGACGGCAGUGUGGGUGAAUUUCUUCUGCUGGAUGAUCAUCGCUGUUCUGGUGGUCCUGCAGCGUAGGGGGGUCUCUGAAUACAGGUCACGAGAAGAGGACGCUGGGGCCAGUCCUUCUGAAACUGAGCCUUUCUUCAACCGCCCAGGACACCCCCAGUGAACGCACAGCUGGACCGAAACAUCAUUUAUGUGAACCAAACACACACACACACGCACAGAAACACACUCACACACACUGAGUACUCACAGAAAUGGAUAAAUACAGACACAUAUUCAGACAGUACCUGUGACUAGCUGAAGGAACAAGCUUUUGGCUACACCCGUCAGUGCCUUUAGUUUUGCUCACCAGCGGUAUCAAGGCUUUGUUGCCAUGGUUACUGAUCUGCGAUUGGCAACAGUAGGCUGGCAGUUACGAGGGUGUGGUGGCCAGAUUGGUCUCCCUGACCUGCGCUGAUUUAGACACAGCUGAAACAGCUCAGAUUUGACUAGGCUAUUGACUAGACUCUCUAAUAUGCACGUGUUCGUGGACACAUUUCAUAUCUCUUGCUUGCUUUGAGUCUCUGAAAAAUACCUGUGAUGCAUUUCAGAGAUGAAAUUUUUUGACAGUGUUGGUAAAUGGAAUAUAUAACUGAAUGGAAAUGAGUGCUAGAAGAUUUACUGUAUGUUAUAUUUGUCUUACAUGAACUUUUAAAGUAGUUUUUUGUGAGGACUUGUGUGUUUUGUACAACAUUAGCUCCCCCUGCUGUCUGUUUUUAUUUACUUGCUGUAUUGAAAUACUGUAUCUACAACUUCCCUAUUCUUUUUGUUUUGGCUUUAUUUCACAUUUUUGUGCUACUUUUCAGCUACGUUGCUGAAUCUUGGGAUGUAUAGACUCUGUUCUUAACCAAAAGAAUGCUUGGGAAUGAAUAGGUGCGUCUAAAAGUGCUUGAGUGGCAGUAUUUUGUUGGGUUAGAGAUGUCAUUUGUGAUGGCACUGUCCUACACGCACACAAGGACUGCAGAAAUGUGUGUGCAUGUGGAACAGCACAGUUUGGGCUGACAGGGUCAUAAAUCUACCCAUAGGCUUAUGAUAAGACCUGUCUGGUGUGGGCUAGGUGCCAAAAUCAUGCUGCUGUCCACAGCAGUAAAGUACUCAAAGACACAGUGUCCUUCCUGCUGUCCUCCCACACAAAGACAGACUCUGCUUUAUCUGUUUAGUGCCUUAUUACCAAUUACUCUUACAUCAGUAUCUUCCUUUCUGUUACCAUCCUGAUUUACAUGCUUCAUCUCUCUUCAUCUUACUGUUCUAUGCAAUAUGUCACAUUUCCAUGCAUUCUGGGAGAACAGCCAUAUGUGCGUAUAUAUAUAUAUAUAUAUAUAUAUAUAUAUAUAUAUAUAUAUAUAUAUGUAUAUGUGAAUUGUAUUAUUAGAUAACAUUCUUUCUGCACUGAUUUUAUUAAAUGAAAAAUGUUGCAUCUUAAUCAUAGCCUGUUUAUUGGAUUACAGUAUGUUUUGAAUAACUUCCCUCACAAAUAGUAUCCUAUAUAUUAUACUGUACCUGUUGGGAUGACAAGAUAUUUUGGUUGACAAGUGAUGUUGGGCUUGUUUUCAAAAACUUUGAGAUUUGGUAAGAUGUAUGGCAUCAUGCACUUAGUCAUGAUAUGGAACAUUUGAUGAGACUGGAUCUUCUAUUGCUAUUUCAAUAGAACACCAAUGAAAAGCUUCCUUCCACAUUCACAAAAUUCUGACCACAGAAUCAAAGUCUUCCCAGAGUUGCCCCAGUUCACUUCCUGACCAGCUGUGUGUUAAACAUGUUUGCUCUGUCAAAACAAGUGCAGGUCUACCUGAACCACAGCUAAACUGUUGCUAAACUCAAUGUACAUUCAAAUGAUGUGAUAAGUGAUAAUCAGCCGAACUAAAAAUGCUGAUUAAUA